UCUCGUCUAUAAAUAAAUGUAUCUAUGCUAUCUCAUUUCCUAUCUCUUCCUAAACUAUAUCAUUCCUUCUGAAUCUGAUUUCUAAAACCAGCCAGAGCAAAAAUGGAGCGGGUAUUACUCUUACUCAUUUGCUUCCUCUUGCUUUCUCAACCUAAUAAUUGUUCCUCUUCUCUCUCUUUUAAUUCAUCAACGCCUCUUUGCCAUUCACACCAAUCCUCUGCUUUGCUCCAUUUCAGAAACUCUCUUUCGGGAGGUCCUUCUCAUACUUUUUGUCAUGGGUAUUCUUAUCCUCCGAAGAAUUCGUGGAAAAUGGGUACAGAUUGUUGUGGGUGGGAUGGGGUCACCUGUGAUAUGAUUACAGGCCAUGUCAUUGGUGUCGACCUUACUUGCAGUGGGCUUCAAGGUCCCAUCCAUCCCAAUAGCACCCUUUUCUCUCUUCGCCAUCUCCAGCGGCUCAACCUUGCUUUGAACGAUUUCCAUGGCUCCACAAUUUCAUCUAAGUUUGGUGGCUUUGCGAACAUGACGCAUCUCAACUUCACUUCGUCCUUCGUUGCUGGUAAUUUCCCAUCCGAAAUCUCCCACUUAUCCAAACUGGUCUCACUUGAUCUCUCUUGGAAUUUUGACUUGAGAAUUGAAACGCCUAGUUUGAAAAGGCUUGUUCAAAACCUAACCCAUUUAACUGAACUUGUUUUGGAUUAUGUUGACAUGUCUUCUGUUCCACCUAAUUCUUUCAUGAAUUUGUCUUCCUCUUUGACAUCUCUUAGACUUUCUGAUUGUGGAUUGAAAGGGAGAUUCCCAGAUAAUAUAUUCCACCUUCCAAACCUCCAGCUGCUCGAUGUAAGUUCCAACUACAAUCUCACCGGUUCCCUUCCAACAUAUAACUGGAGUACUCCUCUCAAGUCCUUGGAUCUCUCCAAAACCGAAUUCCCAAUCGACUUACCAAAUUUAAUCAGCAAUCUCAAGUCCUUAAAAGAAUUGUACCUCAGUAAUUGCAAUUUCAUAGGUUCAUCGUAUCCUACAUUUCCUUCAAACCUCACACAAAUAACUUCUUUGGACCUCUCAUAUAAUAACUUUGGUGGUCAGUGUCCAUGGUCCCUCCUAAACAAUGCAGGACUUACUAUCUUAGAUCUCUCAGGCAACAAUUUCAUAGGUCAAGUUCCAGAUUUUUCAACGAAUUGGACACAAGUUUCUUCUUCAAACAGUUCUUCCAAUAGUCAGUCAGUUAGUCAAAUUCCUUCCAAUUUGGUAUCUCUCAUUUUAUCUUAUAACUUAUUGAACGGCACUAUACCAUCUUGGUUGUAUGACAUACCAUCUUUGCAGGACUUAGUUUUAGACAAUAACCAACUCACUGGACAGAUUGAUGAAUUCCAUCAUAAUUCUUUAAAGCAUCUUGAUUUGAGUAAUAACAACCUACAUGGCCACCUUCCAAUCUCAAUUGCUAAACUUGUGAGCCUUCUCCAACUUAAUAUCUCCUUCAAUAAUUUAAGUGGUAGUGUGGAGCAAAACAUCUUCACAAAGCUCGAAAGUCUAUCCGAGGUUGAUCUUUCACAUAAUCCUCUCUUAUCAUUCCACACGUAUAGCUAUAACAUUGUAUACUAUACCUUGCCCGAACUUCAAUCAUUAUCUUUGUCAUCUUGCAACAUAAGUGAGUUCCCGUAUUUCUUAAAAUCCACAGAAAAUUUAAAUUCAUUAGACCUUUCCAACAACCAAAUCAAUGGCAGUAUUCCGACAUGGUUGUUGGAGGUGAAGAUGGAUUCAUUGAGUUUCCUGAAUCUUUCGUACAACUCCUUGGCAAGAAUAGGAAACCUUCCAUGGAAGAACUUGCGAGUUCUUGAUCUUCAUUCUAACUUGCUUGAAGGACCACUUCCAGUACCUCCACUACACACUUAUUUCUUUUCAGUCUCGAGGAAUAAUUUAAUUGGAGAGAUCCCUCUCUUGAUUUGCAAUCUCAGUUCACUCCAAUACCUUGAUUUGUCUUAUAAUCACUUGAGUAACAUGAUUCCUCCAUGUUUGGGAAACUUAAGUAAUCAUCUCAUAGAUUUGGAUUUGCAAAGUAACAAUCUUCAUGGUACUAUCCCUUCAACAUUUGCAAAGGGCUGUUACUUGAGAAGUCUUAAACUCAAUGGCAACCGAUUGGAAGGUUCAUUGCCACAAUCAUUGGUCCAUUGUAGAAAGUUGGAAGUUCUAGAUUUUGGUAACAACAAGAUUAAUGGAACCUUUCCUCUUUGGUUGGAAAAUCUUCCAAAGUUGCAGGUUCUUAUCUUGCGGUCAAACAACUUUCAUGGUACCUUAGGCAACCCCAAGACCAAAUUCUCAUUCCCAAAUUUGCGAAUCAUAGACCUCUCUCACAAUGAGUUCCAUGGGCAUUUGCCGACAAACCUUUUCAAGUAUUUAAAAGCCAUGAUGAAUGCGAGUGCGGGCAAAGGUGAAUUGAAAUAUAUGGGUGAUUAUUAUUAUCAAGAUUCUGUGACAGUGACAAUGAAAGGGCUUUCCAUUGAAUUGGUAAAAAUCCAAAAUCUAUUCACAACCAUUGAUUUCUCCAACAAUGAUUUCAAAGGAGAAAUUCCAAAGGCAAUUGGAGAGCUUCAAUCACUUAAGGGGCUUAAUUUUUCACACAAUAAUCUUACAGGUCAUAUGCCGCCAUCGUUGGGAAAAUUAACCAAUCUUGAAUGGUUAGAUCUUUCCUCAAACAAGCUCAUAGGUGAAAUUCCUAUACAAUUGGUAGAUCUCACAUCACUGGCAGUUUUAAACCUAUCAGAAAACCAUCUUUUUGGACAGAUACCUCAAGGUAAACAGUUCAAUACCUUUACGAAUGAUUCUUACAAUGGGAACCUGGGGUUAUGUGGAUUUCCAAUGACAAAAGCUUGUGGCAAUGAUGAGGGACAACAAUUAUUGCCAUCAUCAACCACUCAAGAAGAUGAUUUCAAAUUUGAAAAUGGGUUUAAUUGGAAAGUUGUAUUGUUGGGGUACAGUUGUGGAUUCAUGUUUGGAUUGGGUUUGGGUUAUCUUGUGUUCUCAAGUGGGAAACCGAAAUGGCUUGUGAAUAUUGUUUAUGGAGAACAAGAUAACAAGGUACAAAGAUCCAAGAAGAAUGCUCCUAGACGAACUCAUUGAAGAAAAUUUUGGUGGAUGCAAAUACUAAUUCUAGCCUUCUUCACCCAUGAAAUCAUUGGAAAUGAGUGAGUCUGCAGUGGGGAUGUCAUAUUUGCAGGAAUUGUCACCUUCGAUAUCAUCUGGGGCAGGUUUUGACACUCACAACUGUCAGAGCUUGUUAAAGGGGAGAGGGCUCCUUUUUGCCGAUCAGAAAUUGAUAGCUAAUGAGAAGACCGCGAGAUUGGUAAGGGUUUAUGCUUCAGAUGAUGGAUCAACCUUUCGAAUGGACUUUGCUUGGGCAAUGAUGAAGAUGUCAGGUCUUAAUGUUCUGACUGGAUCUCAAGGUCAGGUCCAAAGAAACUACUCCUUGGCUUUGGUCAAUUCCUAAGUGACAGUCUGACCAUAAUGAACUCUUGAGAUCUUUUUUCUUUCAUAAUGCCAGAGAGUAAGUCAACAACUGGUCUUUCAUGGGAACCUAAAUUUUUCACCAGGAACCCAUAAUGGGUGUGAGAGCGAAUCUCAGAAUCAGAGUUGAACCAGUGCACUUUGGAGACCUAAUUCAGAGCUUGUUGAUGGGCUUUUCCUCUCUAGAAAGUUGAAACAAAUUUAAGAGAAAGCAUCUCAAAAAUACUGCUGGAAAAGCAUGGUUUGACUUGCCUCCACAAACCAUAACCCCUAAGAUUGAGAAAGAUUUGUGUUUACUGAAGUUGAGAAGUGCCAUUGAUCUGAAAAGGCACUACAAGAAGGGUGAUUCAAAAUCCAAAACAUUGCUCAAGUAUUUCCUGGCAAGUCUAUUUGUAAUUUCUAGACUAAAAGUAUAGCAUGUGAUAUCUUGGAGCUCUAACUAGGACAGUGUGUAUAUUCUUCUUUGGGUGGUAUACAUUUUGUCAUUUAGGCUUGGUUAAUUCAUACCCCUUUUUGUCUUUUGACAAUUAGAUCGGGGAUGAUGAUAGUGUCAACAUCAUACUUCUUCACAGUUAGACUAAUGAGGAAAGAGAGAAAGGAGGGAACAAUUGCAGCUGAGUUGUUAUCUGAUCAUACCCUUGCUGACUACAGGUGAGAU